AUGAAGUCGUUUGCUUGUUUCUCGGUCAUUCUUUUGGCGCGUUCUGUGGUAUCGGAGAACAUUCCUUUUUGUGCUCCAGCUCAAGUGAAAUAUUGUGUAUUGGACGAUUGUCUGCAAUCAUUAACCAAUCAAACCACUUCGGGACCUCGGUUCUGUGGCGAAUAUAUAGAAAAUGACAGCAUCAGUAUUCCCGAUUAUAUCCCAGCUGCAGCUCCAGCAUCUCGUAUAUCAUCUGCAUGUUCUUGUUUGAUUCAGGCUCAGCCUACCGCAAAACCUACCGCGCAGUCGUCAUACGCUCCAGGCUCUAUCGGUCUUUCAGUCUCUACCGAAUCAUUUCUUUCUCUCCAGACGUCUGUUCCAACUAUUUCCUCCGCCAUAGCGUCCGUAGUCCCUGUAUCUUCCCCAAGCACUCCGGAGGCAGGGAACGAAUAUACCACCUCGAUCAUAUACUCUCUCUCCACUUAUACUACUCAUUUGAGUGGACAAUUAGUAACCAAAACCCGGUCUGUGGUCGAUUCUACCACAGUUCACCCUGUCACCCAUGAGAUUACACAAAGCCCAAGUCCCAAAUCAACGGCACCUGUUGAAUAUACUACAUCGAUAGUGUACACCCUUUCUACUUACACAAAUCCAAGUGGUGAAGUUGUUACUAAGACAAUUGUAGACUACACAACAAUUUGUCCCGUCACCACUAAAAGUACCUCAACAUCCCAAGCACUGGGAGAGUUGGCUAGUGAAAGCACAACUGCAUAUGAGACAUCAACAGUUUAUAAAAUUUCGACAUACACGACCCUUGGGCAGACAAGCACAAAAACUUUAGUAGAUUAUUCAACCGUCCGUUCUAUCACAAAGGCAUUGUCCCCAAGUCUAACUUCAACUCCCAAGUCGAUUGUUGAGUUAACAACAUCAACUGUAUAUUCGCUCUCUACUAGAACAUACACGUCCAGCGAAAAUACUUUUACGGUAACAGAUACCGUCGUUGAUUAUACGACUGUUUGCCCUAUCACAAAAAAGUCUUCCGCAACUCCAGAACCAACAGUUCAAUAUAGGACCUCAACAGUCUAUGCCCUUUCAACCAGCACGUAUAUUACUAGCGGAAAAGUUGUUGCUGUAACUAAUACCGUGGUUGAUUAUACAACUGUCUGCCCUGUCACCCUGUCAGCAUCUUCAACUCAGGACCUGGCAUCGCUCACUACGUUCCCUUCGAGCUCAUCCACUGAGAGUGUAAGUCUGACUUCAGCUUCCGACAUUUCGACUGUUCCCUCAUCCGUAUCUGUUUCAGCAUCGGCUUCCAGCAGCUCAAUCGUAGUCCAGUCAACAAAACCAAGAUCGCGCCACUCCCGAACAAAGUGCACAAAGGCUUCGCACUCUACACAAAGCUAUCUGUUCGGAAAUUCCACAUCUUUACACCGACCUACUGGGACUGGAAGCUCGAUCCCUCUUAUAUCUGGAACUGCAUACUCAUCAUCAAUCAAGUACCCAAUGAGUAACUCCACAACAUCCGACCUCUCUCAAGGAACUGUUUCUUCGACUUCCCAUCAAGUGACGGACUCCACCCGAUUGCAAUUUCCUUCAGGAACUGGAUACUCAGUAUCCUCAACAGCUUAUGUGAUUGUAAAUUCUACAAGCUCGGAUGCUCCUUCGGGAACCGGAUAUCAAGCUCCAGCGAAUUCCACAACCACGGAAAUUCUCCCAACCAGCACUUCCACUUUAGAGAUCGAUAGCAGUACUUCAGAAUUACCAGAAACAACUGAGAUUCCUAUCACAAGCGCUCCAUCUACAACAUCAAGUCCUGUAAUUCCUUCUGUAACUGCAUUUUGUAGUACAGACGCGGCUGCCUUGGUAUUUGCAGCAGCUGGUACACCGGUGACAUCUUACUGUAGCAGUCUGCUCUCCAUCCAGCCAACUUACGCAGAUGAACAAUACCUCUUCCUCACAAAGACCACUUUAAUCACAACCACCACCACCGUCAGCCCCGCAACUGUCACCGUUUUCAAGAGAACGACAAGAACUGACUCAUAUCCAUUCACAUCAACAUAUGAUUUGGCUCAACAAUCAUCAGCUUGUAGCUGUCUCUCAAUCCAACCAGCCGUGAUCGCCGAGACUGUAACAAUAACAGUUCCCGCAACAUCCUUGGUCGUUGUCUCGACCACAAUUCCAGCUUGCACUCCAUCACCUACCCAAGCAGUUGUCAAUGGUGAUUUUGAAACCGCAACAUCGGGAUCUUACCAGACGCCAUGGGUUCUUAGUAGUUUGGCUUAUGUACAAUCUGAUGCCAAUGAUGCAUUUAGCUCAUAUGCUGGCGACGAGUUUGCCGUUCUCAUUGGUCAAAGAGCAAGCACAACCACCAUAUCCCAACAAAUCGAUGCCCUCAUCCCCGGCCAAUCAUACACUCUUAGCUAUUACAUGUCAGUCAUGGGAAUCAUCACUUUGCCAACAGCUUCUUGUGUAUUAUCUGCUUCCGUGGGAGAAAUAGUCGUCGAUACACUGACCGUUACGUACUCGAAUAUAGCGAGUUAUAGAACUGGCUAUUCGCAACGUUCGGUAACGGUAGUUCCGACAACACAGUCGGCGCAGUUGAAAAUUACUUGGCAGUGUAAUAGUCAAAUUACCAUUAGCGCGGAUCUUUUACUAGAUAAUAUUUCGAUGGCUGGCGGGGGUAGGAGUUGUGGUGUGCCUACUUAG